AUGGCGGCCGAACAAAGAAAGCUGCUCGAGCAGCUAAUGGGCGGCGGCAUCUCCUCCCGCUCCGCCCAACUCUCCCUCACCGACCCCAAAGUCUGCCGCUCCUACCUCGUCGGCACCUGCCCGCACGACCUCUUCACCAACACCAAGCAAGACCUCGGCCCGUGCUCGCGCGUGCACUCGGAAGCCCUCAAGGCCGAGUACGAAGCCCUGCCCGAACAAGAAAAGAAGAAGUACGGUUUCGACUACGACUACAUGCGCGACCUGCAAAAGUACAUUGACGAGUGCAACCGACGGAUCGACGCGGCACAGCGACGCCUCGAAAAGACGCCCGACGAGAUCCGGCAGACAAAUGUGUUGCUCAAGGCCAUCUCGGACUUGGGCACGACCAUUGCGACGGGUCUGCUGGAGGUGGAGAUCUUGGGAGAGCUGGGCGAAGUGGGGAGGGCGUAUGACGAGCUGUUCAGGGUGCGCCAGGCGCAAGCGGCGAAGCAGGAGAAGGAGAGAGAGCUGAAGGCGCUGUCGGAUACGAGUGGCCCGUCAGGCCAUCAGAAGCUGCAGGUGUGCGACGUGUGCGGGGCGUACCUGUCCCGGUUGGAUAAUGAUCGCAGACUGGCGGAUCACUUCUUUGGCAAGAUGCAUUUGGGAUAUGCGCAGAUGCGGAAGACGUAUGAUGCGUUCCCGAAGGAGAUGCGUGGACGGCAGAGGCCGAUGGGAAUGGGCGGUGGUGGUGAUGAUGAUAUGGGUGGUGUGCCGACGGGUCCUGGUGGACGACACGAUGACUGGGGUAGAGGCCGUGGACCUAGGAGUGGCGGUGGCGGUUAUCGUGGACGUGGUCCUAGACGUGGUGGAUGGUAGGGUGCUUGAGGCGUCGGUGAUUAGGGAAGAAACCGGAAAAGGAGAUGGAUACGAUGCAAGAUCUGGCGGAAUCAUGUGCAUUGAAAGGGCGUUGGAGGCGUUUUACACUAUUCGAGCUUGGGAUUUGAAGAAGUCGGAGCUUGUCCCGUUAUGGUCUUUAUUUUUGCAGCCCGCGUAGAGAAAAGAAGCUAUCAGUUAGGUAAUUUAUGAGAGCGCAA